AUGACUCUGAGUCUGCUGGUGCUGACAGCGAUGAUGACGGUCCUGCUGGACUUCAGGAACUGUAAGUAACCCUCAGACAAGACUCUUCAAGUUUAAUAUUAAAAACCGCACAAAAAAACAACAUAACAGCAAAAAAAACCAAACUAAGCAAACAAGAUUUGAGAUACAAAAGGAUGAAAGCGCCAGAGUCCAUCACCGUCGACUUUGACUUUGACUGAUAUCCAGGACGAGUCAACGCCGAGUGAAACUGUUGGUGCCUUAGGCUGAUUCUUAAGUGUUGUUUUCAACAGAUAACAGGAACCACGACCCAAAUACCACCCUGACAGCCGUGCACGAGUAAACCACUAAUAAAGUGAGCGAAUAAGUCAGGGAUGGUCGACACGGACACUGAGUGGAAACGUAGAUAAAUAAGAAUGAAGUCGAAGUUGUCGGAUGGUCUGUUAGUCUAAUUUAGUGAGAGAUUACUUACCAGAUUUACAAAAACAAAUCAACAAAACAACUGAAAAUACACAAACACAACUCAGAGAUCAAAUUCAGAGACUGAAUUAACUAACGAGACCUCCAACAGACCAGACCAACAGACCAACAGACCAACAGACCAACAGACCAACAGACCGCCAUCGAUCAGUGCAGAGAGACCAGGACCUGAAUAUCACUAAAGUUCUCAGUAACACUUUACAAUAACCAUAAUUUAUAAACGGUAAACAGAUAAUUAAUGUUUAAUCAUCAUUUAAAAUCAGCAUAUAGAACAAUUAUAAGUAAGUAGUUUAUUAAUGGAAGUUAAUAGUUACUUUACCAUUAACAAGCAAUGAAACUAUGAUUAAUAACUUUUAUUUAUUAAAGGUUUAUAAAGGGUUUAAAUGUUGGUUGUAAAAGAUCUAGAUUAAAAUGUGUGUCAGUAACACUUUGUAAAUGAUUAAUAUUUGGUUUAUAAACCAUCUAUAAACAUUACUAACAUUGUAAAGUUAAGGUUAGGUUUGUAAAAUUUACAAUUUUAAAAACCUAACCCUAACUUUACAAUAACAUAAAAAUGAUCUAUUUACCAUUUAUAAGUUAUUGUAAAGUGUCACCAAGUUCUUAUAGAGGACCAACCAAACAGGUCAGAAGUUGAGAGACGGCGUGAGCGAACAGUUCAACAGUUUAAGGAUAAAGUUCCUCUGAGUGGAUUUCAUGGUCUACAGAACGUCAGAUCAUUCAGAGGAUCUGGAGAAAUCUCUGUACUGAAGGGGGACAAGGACCAGAACCAAGUCUGGACAGGACUCUGGAGCGGAAAUCAUCAUAUGGAAAGGACAACUGGACUUACCGGAGACGUUUCGCCUAAGACUCCAGUAAGUCCAGAUGUCCUUUCAACAAAGAAUUAGAAAUCAUAGAUGCUGCGUCACUUCAAACUGAACCAUGAGAGAGGAGACCAGAUAGAUCCAGAAACACCAGAGACUUCUCUGAGUCCAUUUAAGGUGGACUGAGGAGAAAACUGUAACACUGACUGUCUUUUUGGGAUUCUAUGAAACACUAAAUCCUGUAAAUGUUUAAUUAAAAAUCUAUUUAAAAGCUUUUAAACUGUUUCUGUGAUUGACUAAAACCUGAACUGUAAACAUAAAGUCAGACAGAGUCCAGGAUCUGUCGAUCACAGGUCUUCUUCUACGUUCUGGUUUCUUUGACUUUAAUUCAGAUCAUCCUGUAUUAAGUGUUUAAAUUCCUGUGUUGAAGAAGUUUUAUUAGAGACUGAGACAAUAAACUCUGUAAAAACUGUUUUAUUUAUUUAUCUGUUUAUUUUAUGAAACAGCUGUUUGGAUGCUGCCGUCACCCAGCAGUGUCUCCAUGGACUCGGUCAACAUGAGACAUGUCCUGAAGUGGCUCCCUCUGCAGGCGUCCUGUGACACUGCGGUCCUGUACUCCGUCCAGUUUCAGGGGUGAGUCACACAUGAAACUGAGAAUGAACUGAUGAACAUUUCUAAACUGACUGCUUCUUUAACUCUUCUUCAGCUCUAGUCUGAAUAUUUACUGUGUUAGAAGACAUCGAACAUCUAUCAUAGAGACGCUGCAGGUGUUUGAUAAUCUCCUCCCUCGUACCUGGAGCUGGUUUCUCUACCUGAGAUUUCUGUCUUAUUAAUAAACAGAAACAAUGCAGUAAAAUAGCGCAGACAUUACAGACACACCUGUCCUAAUCAGAGCUAAUUUCACACAGGUGUGUCUGGGAUAAAUCAGCUGCAGGUGGCUCAGGUGUAACUGCUUGAUGACUCUAAUGACAGGUGUCAAUCACAGAGGCUCUAAUUAAGUGUUCAGGAAUGUUCCUGCUGCAGUUUGACCGUCAUCAGAGACGUGACAGCAGAUGUUUGAUUCACGUACACAGGAGGACGCCGCUCUCAGAUCGUGUUUCUGCUUCAUUAUAAUCAGCUGACUUUGGACCUGAGUUCACAUUCGUUCACAGACUCGAAUGUUUGGUCCUUCAGUAGUUUAUAUCAGUUUACAUUUGCACACAUAUAUUCAUGGCCCGGAGUUCAGAUAUGAGACUCUGCAGCACAUUUAAGUCACCCUGCUCAUUUGUGGAUCACUUUUAUGCGCACACAGAUUUGGAUCUUUUUUUUUGUUUUAACUCGUCUGCAGAUCUUUAUAAGAUUUUUACUUUGUUUGGCGCCGAUAUUAGCUCCGUACAUCUCAUCACUGAGACACAAUAUCUAAUGAUCCAAACUCACUGAAAUAAGAAUUAAUAAAAUUCAAGAUAUUUGAUAACAAGGCUGUCAACCAGGCUGUGACAACAUACAAAAGGAAACAGAACACCUGAACACCAGGCUGUGACAACAAACAAAAUCUUGGCCUUUAUCGGUGUCUAUUGUAAUUGCAAAUGUAAUGUUAUCAUUAUUAUUAUUGUUUUAAUUCUGAUUUUAACAAACAUGUAUAAUUUUCAGGUUUGGACUUUUAUCAAUGUAAUCUGUAUGAAUGUGACUGUCUUUUUGCGGACCCCACGAAGAGUAGCUGCUACUUAGGUAGUAGCUAAUGAUGAACUAACUAACUAACUAACUAAAUAAAUAAAUAAAAAGUAAAUAAAUAAAAAAUAAAUACAUAAGUAAAUAUAUAGAUAAAUAAGUAAGUAAAUAAAUAAAUAAGAAAAGAGGAAAUAAAUAAGUAAAUAAAUAAGUGAGUGAAUAAAUAAAUAAGUUAAAAAAUAGGUGAGAUAAUAAAUAAGUACAUAAAUAACUAAGUAAAUUAGUAAUUAAAUGAAUAAUUAAGUAAAUAAAUUAAAAAAAGUAAAUAAAAAAUAGGUGAGUAAAUAAAUAGGUAAAUAAAUAAAUAAGUAUAAAUAAGUGAGUCAAUAUAUAAAUAAGUAAGUAUAAAUAAGUGAGUCAAUAUAUAAAUAAGUAAGUAAACAAAUAAAUAAGUAAAGAAUAAAUAAAUGAUUAAAGAAAUUAGUAAUUAAAUGAUUAAAUAAAUAAGUAAAUAAAUCAGUAAAAAUAUAAAAAAAUGAUUAAGUAAUUAAAUGAUUAAAUAAAUAAGUAAGUAAAUAAGUAAGUAAAUAAAUGAUGAAAGAAAUUAGUAAUUAAAUGAUUAAAUAAAUAAGUAAAUAAAUAAGUAAAUGAUUAAAUAAAUAAGUAAGCAAAUAAAUAAAUAAGUAAGUGAAUAAAUAAAUAAAUGAUUAAAUAAAUAAGUAAAUCAGUGAAUAAAUAAGUAAAUAAUUUGUGAGAAUAAAAGUAUUUUGUAUUAUUUAACAAACACUUCCUGAGAAUCUGGAGAUUAGACAUUACCUUCAGUGUGAGUUUUUUAAUAUUUGUGGUGGAGCUGGUUCUCAGUAAACUCUGAUGAAUGUCACUCAGCAGGUUGGCUCCGCCCAUCUGUGGUCUCAGUUUAAUUCCCUCUGAGCUCCUGUGGACAGAAAGUGAUUAAAAAAGACAAACAAACUCUGAGGACUUCUGUUGGUGUGGAGGUGGAGGUGUGGAGGGUGUGGUUAAUGAGGGUAAUUAAGGUCAGAGGAUCAAAGUGAGACUGUUCACCUGCUCUGUGUGUGUCUGUGUGUGUCUGUGUGUCUGUGUGUUUGUGUGUCUGUGUGUCUCUCAGGGAGUUCGAGCUGACGUUCCGGAACGGCAGCUGGCUUCCCGCUCAUGAGUGUCAGCUGACCCCCCACACACACUGCGACCUGACCUUUGACCUGGGCUCAGACUCCGACUAUAACCUGCGUGUCAGAGCGCAGUGCGGAUCGGAUUUGUCGGACUGGAGUCUGAGCGGACCUUUCAACCGCAGACAGAGUAAGACGCAGACAGAAGCAGCUUCAUAGACGGAUGAAUGAAUGAAUGAGUGACUGAGUGAAUCCUGGUGUUACAGCUGUCCUGACUGUGCCGGAGAUGACGGUGACGGCGGUGGGCGACGCCCUGCAGGUGAUGUUCGACAAGCUUCCUGUCACUGUCGGGGUCAGCGUGACGGUGUGGAAGAAAGGCGACGAGCUGCAGGUCAGAGGUCACGUCAUACUUGGUCCUUGUCGCUGCCCAAUCCGUUCUGGAAACCUGAUUUGUGAGUGGGGGGGGCAAAGAAUUGCUGAGCUGUCGGAAAGAUGGCUAGUAGAGGAAGUGGCGUUCGUUUUGCACAUGCUCAGUACGAAUCGUGUUUCCGGGACGGAUCAGGUAGCGACAGUCCUUUCCUCUGCUGCCUCUUCUUCUAAUUUUCCUGAUUGUUCUUCGACCAGGCCGACGUCUUCACCGUGCCGUCUGGGCAGAAGGUGCUCCACAUCGCCGCCCUACAGGAGGACGAGGUGUACUGCAUCAGAGCUCACACUACGGUGAACACGGAGCUCCACAGCAGCAGCACCGACACUCAGUGUGUCCACAUCACAGGUACAGGUGUGAAGACGAGCGUGUUUGUACUGUAGAUCACCUGUCAUGACUUUAAAUGAACCCUAAAGAUAAAGACUGUGAGGACAGUGAUUUAUCCUCAUUAAACAUCUGUCAAAAUGACCAAAAUCACAGUGAAGUUUCUGAGGUGGACAGGUAAUUACUGUAGUGACGCUGUUUUCAAAGUUUACCUCGACCAUCGUUCAAUCGUACAAACUCAAUGAAAUGAACUCCAACACCUGAAACUGGACAUUUGUAACGGCUCCUCUGAUUACUUACAUACUGCAUACUUGUUACAUAUUUGUUUACUGUAAAACUAUAUAUAUUGCAUAUUUGUUUAUCUCUUUAUUUCACUAUUUUAUCUAUUAUUUGUCUCUUUCUACUUUAUUUGCACUGGAGUUACUAGAACAUAAGCAAUUCCCCCCCGGGGAUUAUUGAAGUAUUUCUGAUUCUGAUAUUAUCAUUCAGCUCUAAAGGUUGCUGAUGGUUUAAAUCACACAGUAAAUCACUCUUUGUGAUGUUUAUACAGUAUUAGAGAUGGAAGCAGAUGUUCAGGGAAAUAAGGUCGCUGGCCAAGUUUGUGGAUCAGCUGUGGAGUCAAAACAAAACUUUAAAGUCCUGAAAAAAACAAUUUCUUUUUUAAUCUUAAUUGUUGUAAAAUUAAUGUUUAGUAUUCAAAGAAUCAAUUAAGGUUUGUUUCAUAAAUGAAUUAAAGAAGAUAUGUUCUCUCUGAUCGACCUGCAGGUCCUGACGCUGCGUGGAAGGCGCCGACCACGGUGACCGCGACCGUCAUCAUCACGGCGGGUGUCCUGUUUGCCGUGUUCUGGUCCAUCGUUCACUGUCGUUCAGACGCCUGUCAGGCAUAUUUCCGUAAAGAACAGCUGCCCAGAUCCCUGGUUAGUCCAACUUUAUUUAUAUAAUAUAUAUAAUUAACGACUUUAUUCUUGUCGGUUUUUGACUUUCUCCCCAUGAAAUAAAAACUUGAUUCUCAGCUUCACUUUUAAAAACACUUAUCGACUCUUUUUUCAUUAGUACUUUUAAAUAAGGUGUUAAAUAAUAAAUAACACAGAAAUCUGAAAACUUUUGCAGAAAUCUGAUUGGGACAUUAGAAUCCAGGUGAGUUCAGAGGAGGCGGAGCUUUGUGAGCAGAUCCACGUGGUGCAGAGUGACAAACUCGAGCUCGAAGAACUAAAGCGCGGCAGCUGA